UAAAUUGCUAGUUGUGGGCUGGCUAGUCGCAGUUGUUGCCUACUGGUAACUUUUGAAGAGUUUAGUUACUUUACAACUAUACGUCGCAGCACAUGUCUAAUCGAAACAUUUUGUGGCAUCCAUAUGUAAACGCGGUGUUUGUGUGUAUGUGUGAUUAAAGUUUGUGACUUGCAAUAAAGUUUAAUAGAAAAUAUGGCUGAUGAAAGCACUCCUUUGACUUCUUCAAGAAUACCGCCAGCACCACCCGGUCCGGUUUAUGUAUUUCCCGGUGGCGUUUCACCUAGAUCGCGUCGCCAAAAAAUGCAUCAAUUCCAGUGGUGUUUAGGUUUAACCUUUUUAUCCAUUAUUAUAGCCGCUUUGAUAAUUGUGCUUGCGAUCAACAAUGAAUACCAUAAGCCCUAUAUUUUCUUGGCAACGAAUGCCUCAAAUGAAACAACCUUGUCGAUGCCGAAAGUAGUUCUCAAUGACAGUGUCAUCAGAGAGCGUUUGGAGGAAAUUACCUCGCCCAUACCCGAUGAGUCCGAGAGUCCUUGGGCCUUGCGUAAAUUUCACUUGAAUCAAUCGGAAAGCGAAUGGGCCAUAAGUGAGGGUAUCAAAGCCUUGGGAGAUCGUGAACUAUUGGAAGAAGGCUUGGAAAUGACGCCAGUGAAUUCACCGGCCUUUCGUCAUUAUCGUUCGUUAAGCACGAAUCCACAAUCAAGAAAGUUGGCCCGUCGUGGUUUCGUCGAAAAUGCAGCCACACAGCGAAUAGCUGAAAAAUUCAACUAUACCAAGGAGAGUGGCAGGUCGAACAUAGGCCGUGGGCCCAAAAUCGUUUUGCCAGAUCCCACUUCAGAUAUAAGAUGUGACUUCAAUGCAAAGUACCGCCGGCCCAAUGGUAUAUGCAAUAACAAAAAUCAUCCUCGUCACUAUGGCGCCUCAUUGAUAUCCUACAGACGUAUGCUGAAUCCAGACUAUGAAGAUGGCAUUGGCAUGCCCAGGGGGGAAUUGAGUAAUGGUACCACCCGUUUACCUCCAGCCCGUGAGGUAUCAUUCAAGAUCUAUCGUUCCUCAUAUGAAACGGAUUCCAAUUUUACCGUGAUGUUGGCAGUGUUUGGGCAAUUUCUGGAUCAUGAUAUCACAGCAACAUCGUUGACCUCCUCCCAGGAGGGAGAAUCGAUAAAUUGCUGCACCACCGCUUUUAAUGCCACUUUACAUCCUGAAUGUUUUCCUGUCUCUGUAUUGGCAGAUGAUGAAUACUAUUCGAAAUAUAAUCUGACUUGUAUGAAUUUUGUGCGUUCAGCUCCUGCUCCCACAGGACAUUUUGGUCCUCGCCAGCAAUUGAAUCAAGCCACUUCAUUUAUAGAUGGCUCUGUGGUCUAUGGUAAUUCGGAUUUAAGGCAAACAAAGCUGAGGACGCAGAACAAUGGUACUUUACGCAUGUACAUAACGGGUAAUGGUAGAGAACUUUUACCCAUUUCCACCAACCUGGAUGAUGGCUGUAAUAGGCCACGCCAAGUGCGCCAAGGGAAAUAUUGCUUCGAGUCUGGUGAUGAUAGAGCCAAUGAGAAUCUGCUAUUGACCUCCAUGCAUUUAUUAUGGGCUCGCCAUCACAACUAUCUGGCCAGGGGUUUGCAAAAUGAAAAUCCUCACUGGAGUGAUGAGACUGUAUUUCAAGAGAGUCGACGCAUACUGGGAGCCCAAAUGGCCCACAUAACCUAUAAUGAAUUUUUGCCCAUUCUUUUGGGCAAGGAUUUGGCUGAGAAGAAGGGUUUACUGCCUCAAUGUGAUGAUUUCGAAGCUCCCGAUACUUAUGAUCGUAGUGUGAAUCCUUCCAUUGCCAAUAGUUUUGCAGCGGCAGCCUUUCGUUUUGCCCAUACCCUAUUGCCGGGUCUUUUCAAUGUGACCAAAAACUACAGUGAUCCCGAAUCCAUUGAACUUCAUAAAAUGCUAUUUAAUCCCUUCUCUUUGUGGAAUGAGGGUGGCAUUGAUAGAGCCAUGCUGGUAGCUGGUAAUACUCCGGUUCAGCGUGUCGAUCGUUUCUUUUCCACUGAAAUGUCCCAGAAGCUGUUUGAGGGCACUUCGGAGGAUACGGUGCCUAUAUGUGGCCUGGAUUUAGUUUCGUUGAACAUACAACGUGGACGAGAUCAUGGUCUGCCAGCAUAUCCGGAAUUUCGAAAACAUUGUAACUUGCCACCAGUGGAUACUUGGGAACAGAUGGCGGCAGUGUUGGAUUCUGACUCUUUGGUGUCCAUAAAGGGGAUUUAUAGCUCUCCCCAAGAUGUUGAUGUUUACACUGGCGCCUUAAGUGAACCUCCGCUAGAGGGAGCUAUAUUUGGUCCUUUACUAGCAUGUCUGGUAUCUGAUCAAUUUCUACGUCUUAAAAAGGGUGAUUCAUUUUGGUAUGAGCGCAAAAUGGGACCACAACGUUUUACCAGAGAUCAACUGCGCGUUAUCUACAACACCACAUUAUCCCAAAUCAUUUGUCGCAACUCCGAUGAUAUACAGGAAAUACGAAAAUAUGUCAUGGAACAUGUUAAGGAUGAAACCAACAGUCUGAUACCUUGCAGCGAUUUCCAAGAUUUCAAUUUCGCCCCAUGGAAUGAAAAUGAACAGCCAGCUAGAUUUCAUACAGCCCACAUAAGUUCAAUGUCAUCCGGUGUGAGGGCCAUUAAGAGAUCAAAUGAAACGAUCCAUUCGCAACACAGCCUUAAUAAUGUUAAACUAGAGACUUAGUGUUAUGUUUAAACAUACAUUUUGUGGUUAUCAUCGUUAUCAGUGCAAUCAUUAGAGCUAUAUAAGAAAAAUAUGAUUGUUGCUACAGUCAUAAAUUUUUCAUAUUAUCAUCUUAUCGAAAGGUAAAUAAAAUGCAGUGUAUUUUCUUGUUUUUUAUACCAACAAUACUAA